CUUCUAAAUAUUUAGUUUCAGAUGGGAAACAAGAAACCUAAACCAUUAAAGUACGUUCUUUUAGUCCGUCAGGUAGAAUUUGAUCUGCUCUGCUUCUCCAGAGCUUAAUGUACAUAAUUCAGAUGUGUAAUCUGAGCCUACAACAUUACAAUGCAUGUUCAUCUGGUCUGACCGUACUAUUGGAGGCUAUUUUUUUUUUCCAAUAUACCUGAUUAUUUUACAUAUCCAGUUAGCACACAGGGGAAUCUGCAGGUUAUGAUUAGCGGAGUUAAAAACAUGAACAGGAGUCAUCAGCCAAACUUCUCCCAAUAACAACUUGUCAUUCGUUUAAAUUAAUUUUUCAUUUCCACUUCUAAUAGUUAAAUUUUCCUUUUUAUAGGUAUUGAAGCCAAGGGACAGACCAAAGAUGGGUUCAACUUGAUGUUUGGGGUCAAUCACUUGGGUCAUUUUCUCCUGACAAACCUGCUUCUGGACCGUUUAAUGCUCUGCACCCCAAGCCGCAUAGUAGUCUUGGCAUCUGACGCAUAUAAACAUGGAACGAUAGAUUUUAAAAAUCUAAAUUCACCUGCAGAAAGCUGGAAGCAAAUAUUAACGUCCUACUGUGACAGCAAGCUGGCCAAUAUACUGUUUGCCCGACACCUGAGUUACAGAUUACAGGAUACUGGUGUUACAUGCUACUCUGUUCAUCCAGGUAAGCGCUAACGUGUAAUGAAGGCAUGCAAAAAUCAUGGUUGGACUUUGAGUAGAUGGGUAAAUAUUUUGGGUAAAUGGUAAACCGAUAUGGAAUAGAGCUAGUAGAUGGGAAAAAUUAGAUAGUGGUUAAUGCCUUGGAGAUGCAAAACAGAAGCAGUUUAAAUGUAAUAAGAUCAAAGGAUAAUUAUGGGAAACAAAGUCCUUAAAUUAAUCUGGAUGGUAAACGAGCAUAGAUUGUGAGAGGGGAAGUGGAUUCCGUGUGAGCGAUUUUAGGAAAAAAAGAAUAAUCGUAAAUUUCUGAGGCUGAGAGAUGGGGAAUGUUGAUUGAAGACUACCUGAGAUGGAUAACCUAUCAAAGGAGAGAUGGUGGAGAAUUGGGAAUGAAUAUGGAGGAAGAGUGAAAUAUAGGGAUAAAACCUCUCUGCAAAGGAGGUGAUUUAGAUGAAUGCAUGUAGAUUAAAAAACUAGAAAGGGCCAGGUAAAUGGUAGAUAUCUAAUGGAGAGAUGCAAAACAGACAUGGAUGAAAGAAGAGAUGUUGCUAACAUCCAGGAGGGAGCAGCAGAUUGGGGUAGAAAGAGGUUAACCUAAAAUAAAGGAGACGAGAUGGUGAAAAGAAAUAAAAUAGACUAUGGCAAGCAGUAUUACCUACACUGGUAUAGCGGUAUAGUAUGAAUGUUUGAUGCCCUGUUCUGGCAACAUUUUAUUUUUAUUUAUUUUUUAAAGCGCCAACAUAUUCAUCAGCGCUGUACAGUAGUAGAACUAACAGACAAGUAGUUCAACAAGACAAGUUGGACAUACAGGAACAGAGCUGCAGGGGGGCCCUGCUAAAUUAAACUGUAAAAGGUGCAUUACCCUCCUCAGGACUGGUAAACGAGGGAAGAGCUGCUGCGUUAUCAAAUGUCAGCUGACCCCACAGUACCUUAAAUGUAAGGUACUGUGGGGUCUGCUGACAUUUGAUCAUUUUCAGUGUAGAACACUAGGAGCAUUGAGGAAUAAACUGAUUAGGCAUUCCAGUCCGCUAAUGUACUUUGGAUAGGUGUCAGAAUAAUAAUGUGUAAACUCUGUAAUCACACCUCCUUUUUAUAAUGACUAUAUUAUAAAUCUGAUAUUUAUAUGUAAAUAACACUAUUGCUGUUACUGCCAGUAAUUCUGGCCAUGAGGCAUGUAAUGGCUCGUGAAGUGAUAAAGGAGGGCCUGAGUAGGAAGCCACAUUUCUGAGGGCUGGCAGGAAGAAAAAAACAAAACAAAACCAUUCUGCUUUUGGCCUGCCGCCACAGAUUCGACAAGCCUGCUUUAGACAAUAAGCACACUCUGUGGAAUUAUGUCAGAAUUGUUUCUCUGUGUGUAUAGUAAAAAGAGAUUGCAGUUCAUAGAAUGCAUACCCAUACUAAAACCAUGCAGCAAAUGACUAACCAGCUCAGGAAUUCAUUCUCAAACUACUCUUGAAAUAGGUAAAUGGGCUCGGUGUUUACAAAACUUGCUGGUUCCUUUUUCUCUCUCCAUGUACGGGAAGCAGGAGGUUAAUAAAUGUCUAAGUCAGCAAUGCAUUCACUUUGGCUACUCUGGCUUUAAAUUUUAAAUUUACUUUAAUUUCUCACCCUAAUAAAUAACCCAAUAAAUCUCCUCUAUAUCGUCCUUUUUCUUUUUGCAGGUGUGGUGCUCACUAAUUUGGGGCGCAGUUUUCCAUAUUGGUUAAAGGUAGCGCUAUUUCCACUUGCCUGGCUCCUUCUUCGAACCACUACAGAUGGCGCCCAGACAUCCAUCUACUGUGCUGUACAAGAAGGAAUAGAAAAGUACAGUGGUGGCUACUUCAAAAAUUGCACGUUUACUACAGUUAAACCUCAUGCCCGGGAUGAUGGUGUGGCCAAAAGGUUAUGGGAAGUUAGUGAAGAACUCACCGGAUUAGCAGCAGAAUAGUUCAUGAGUUUAACUGUGGUCACUGCAGGUUGACUGCAAGUUACAUCAUCAUUUUUUAGAAGUGUGAACUGUGGUCCAGCAGUGACUGAGGAGUCACGGAUUGUUCUUGGUAAAAAAAAAAAAAAUUGUUUGUUUUAUUCUUAACGAUUUAUCGGAUUAUUUUCCAGACUAAUAUCCAUGUGUGAGGUUUAUUUUACCAUGUCAGUCUUUAAACGGAAUGUAGAAAGAAUAUUAGGCCACCCAGGCUUGUUUAUUACAUCUAUGGUUGCCACAGCUGUAAUUGUCAGAACUAUUAAUUAACAUUUUGUGUUAUAGAGAGAGCAUAAAGUAGUUGUCUACAAUGCCCUGACUUUUAAGAGUUGGUUACCUGGCAGUAGUGUGUUUUUUGUUAUCAACUUUCUGAUCCUGUACAUCUUGGCCCUCAUCUAGAAUUAGCACUGUAAGGUCUAGAAAAGUGCUAUGGAACAGGAGUAAUAGCGAUAUAAAAGGACCAAUCUUAAAGCACCAUUCAAAAUACAUAUUGCAAAGUCAUAUAUUUAUUCCAUAAAAUCAUUCUCCUCAAAGUGAUGGGGCAUAUCCUUUGCUGUGUCAAAAAUUAUAGAUACAGAGCUUAAAGGGAUUUUCCAGUGCCAGGAAAUCCUUUUUGUUUUCCUGGCACUGCAGGACCCUACAGUGCCCCUCUCCCUCCCACCCCCUAUCCCCAGUUGCUGUAGGGGUUAAAACCCGUUCAUUGACUUACCGGAGUCCAGGGCCGAUGUCCCUCGGCGCUGGUUCAGGCUCUGCCUACUCUCCUCGCGGCUAUGGUCGAGCACGUGCAUUAGACCCCCCCCAAGGAAAGCAUUAUUCAAUACUUUCCUAUGGAGAUUUCGGCGACGCUGGAGGUCCUCACAUAGCGUGAGGACCUCCAGCGUCGUAUAACACACUUUUUGUGUUCUACGAACAUGGAAGUCCCUCUAGUGGCUGUCUGAUAUGAAAACUGCAAUAAUUAUACUUGCAGGGUUAAGGGUAGUGGGCGUUCUCACCCAGACCACUCCAAUGGGCAUAAGUGGUCUGAGUGCUUGGAGUGUUCCUUUAACAAUAAGCAACGUAACCUCAUUCUCACUAAGCGUGAAACAGAUUCCAGGUCCUUUUCAGAAAGGUAAGGUGUGUUUUUUUUUUUUUUUUUUAUUCAAAGAGAAUGAUUAACUAAUCUUCCAGUAUUGAGCAAUUGUUUGUGCUUUAUUAUCAGCUGACUGUACACCAUUCAUCUUUUUUAUUAGUAAAAUUGAUCGGUAAAGUAUGAUUAAAGGGCCUGGCUAUCCACUCAAUAUAUGACCUCGCCAUUCACAACUUCACAGUGAUCCAGCGAUUAUCCAUCUGGUAUCAUGAAUUCACUAUUCCUGCCUAACUGCAGGGGUGACACGGCCUCACCGGAGCCAGUGGGUGCGGAUUAUUGGCUUGGUUACCACCUAGCAUACUGUUUGUAUAUCAUACAUGUUCACAGUUAAUCUCUCGUCUUUUGUUAAAAAUCACCGAUAGAUGAACUACAGCUUGCGCUGACAAGAUGGCUAUCAUGAACAUGCUCUGCUCCCUUCCUCCUAAGGUGUUAAUGGCUUGUCCAAGCCCAGUGCAACAUUUAAUUUAUGAUGAGAUCACAUGCAUGUUAACUGGUGAAUGUACGGAUAUACGCUUGAUGCAGUCUCUCUGGCAAAAAAUAAUGUAUUGUCACUGACGCAGUGAAGGUGGGAAAGAAAAAUACAUAAUAAGCAUUUUUAGAACAAAUCCUGGAUGCUUCUGCAGAGUCUCCUCAUUUUGCAUAAUAUUAAAUAUAGUGGUUGUUUUCUCUCUUUCAUUAUAAUCAUAAAUAUAUUGAUAUUUUUAUACACAUACAUAAUUUGUGGUCCGGCUUGCAUUAAAGGAACCCUUUGUGCACCAUAACUACCUAAUCUCUAUGAAGUUGUUAUGGUGUCAGGACAUCCUGGGCGCCAUCUUACUUUAAGCUAAUAAAUUGUUUAUGAACAGUUUAACCCUAAAGUUGUGAACACAGUGCCCAGGCUUCUCAGGAUUUCAUUAACUCCAGAGUCAUAAAAUUGCGUGACAAAGUUUUUUUUUAUAAAGUUUAUGACUGGAGCGCUCCUUUUACCUCUACGUAUGACUUAUUAUGUCAAUAAAAUGGCAUUUUAUAAAUGACUAUCAUAUUUCAGGAUGUUGUUCAUUCCAGCUCUGUUUUUUUAUAUAUAAUAUAUGUAUAACCUGCUGUAGCUUUGUUUACAUUUAAUUCUGCCUACUUACAUGAUAAACACAUGCUGACCAGUUCAAUCUUUUGCUGUGCUUAAUUGUUUUAGUAAGAUAAGUAAAUACAGAGAGCAGGGGUGGCUAACAAGUAGAUUGCAGCUGUUGCAGAACUACAACUCUUAUGAUGCUUUGCUGCCCCUGUUCUUAAAGAUUUGAUGAUCCAGAAAAAUCAACCAUUGUCUACCUCGGUGAGGCUCAGUACGUGGAUUGCUUUCCUUGAGUAAGCAAAAAUAAGAAAGAUUCUUGUGCAGAAACGAAUUUCCUUCCAUAUUGGAACAGUCUACAAGAAGACUGCCACUAUUAAUACAAUUAUAUGGGCAAGUUCACAUGCAGAUGUUAUAUUAAAGACCUGCCACAGUGAUACAAGUAUCUAUUUCACACCUAUGAGAAAGUGGGUUUGAAGCCAAGUAGGCCAAACAGUUUGACUUUUUGCAUGUAAAACAUUAACUGGAAUAAUGUACUAUUCAAAGAAUAUCAUGUACAAAGUUCAUGCUAGUUAGUAUCAAUAAUGACUUUCUAGAGUUCAUGCAGAUGUGAUAUGCUAAAGUAAUGUUGUAGUAUGUGCACUGAAAGAUAACCGUUCUGGGACAGAGAUCCGAUAGUGAUAUAUUUUGCUAGAAACAAGGAGAGCAGUAUAUUAACUUUGGUUCAUGAAAAUGCAUUGCAAAAAAGAUGUGGAAACCGGGUACCUUUUAAAAAAAAAAAAAAAACAUAAUUGUUACAGUGUAAGUGACCAAAUGAUGCAUUUGAUUGGCUUUCUCGCUUCUGUUAUGUACUAGUGCUGUGCAAAAUGUUUUUGGUUUAUAGAUGCAAUUUUUAAACCUAAAUAAAGUAUAACGUUUAUUCUUAUCACA